AUGCCAAGUACGGAUACCAAACCUGAUCCAGAGGCACCAAACGAUGGCCCAGAGUCUACCCCAAAGUCUCCGAUACAAAUCAAAACUGAGGAUGGCGUAAACGAAAACAAUGAAGACCUCUUUACAGUUGACAAUAUCUUACCUGGAUGCAAGGUAUAUGCAUCAAAAGAUGGAGAAGAACGAUUGGCAGAGAUUUUACAAGAACACGUCAAAAAGGGAAGAAAGGUGUUUUAUGUGCAUUACCAGGAUUUCAACAAGCGUUUAGAUGAGUGGAUCGAGAUUGAUCGAAUAAAUUUCAAAAAGCCCUUGAUCCUUCCUGAGGUCAAGGUUGAUGAAAAGAAGGAGGGUAAGCAAAAGAAGAAAUCAAAGCUGAAGGCUUCGAAGUCCCAAGGUGGCACCAGUGCUUCUACACCACGAGAAGAAACUCCACAAAUGAAUGAUGAUGAAAUGGACUUAGAAAAUCUUAACGUGCAAGGGUUGAAAAGACCCGGGGAAGAGGUUAGUCGAGAGGAGGAGAUAAAGAAACUUCGUUCAGGUGGUUCAAUGACGCAAAACCAUUCUGAAGUGGCGAGAGUCAGAAAUUUAUCAACAGUUAUUCUCGGUGAACAUAUAAUUGAACCAUGGUAUUUCUCGCCAUAUCCCGUAGAAUUAACUGAAGAAGAUGCGAUUUAUGUAUGCGACUUUACUUUAUCCUACUUUGGCUCCAAGAAGCAAUUUGAACGAUUUAGGUCGAAAUGCUCAAUGAAGCAUCCACCGGGUAAUGAAAUAUAUCGUGAUUCGAAAGUUAGUUUUUGGGAGAUUGAUGGUCGAAAGCAAAGGACAUGGUGUCGAAACCUUUGUCUUCUUUGUAAACUUUUCUUGGACCACAAAACGUUGUAUUAUGAUGUGGACCCUUUUUUGUUUUAUGUAAUGACAAUCAAGUCUGAACAAGGGCAUCAUGUUGUGGGGUUUUUCUCCAAGGAAAAAGAAAGUGCUGAUGGAUAUAAUGUUGCUUGUAUUUUGACUCUCCCAUGUUAUCAGAAACGAGGAUUUGGUAAGUUGUUGAUACAAUUUUCGUACAUGUUGUCUGCCGUGGAAAAGAAGGUGGGGUCACCAGAGAAACCAUUAUCAGAUUUGGGUCUCUUGUCGUACAGGGCAUAUUGGACCGAUACAUUGGUCAAACUAUUAGUCGAGAGGAAUAACCCCACAUUAUACCGAAGGAAUAACUCGCAACCACCUGAUGAAGAGGAUUAUGAUGGCUCGCCACCACCGUCUCGAAAUGGCAGCUCCACUAAUGAGAUCACCAUUGAGGAUAUAUCAGCCAUCACAUGUAUGACCACAACAGAUAUACUACAUACAUUGACGACAUUGAAAAUGCUACGAUAUUACAAAGGUCAGCAUAUCAUUGUCCUAACUGAUCAAAUCAUGGCCAUGUAUGAUAAACAAGUCAAGAAGGUAAAGGAGAAGAAGAAGCAUGAGUUGAAUCCUAGACUACUAAAUUGGACACCGCCGCUGUUUACUGCAAGUCAAUUACGUUUUGGAUGGUAA